GAAUCGUCUUCAUACCAACUGCAAUAUAAGAACAAAGGAUGACGGUCACUUUCUUUGCUCUGUGCUUGUGGUAUAGGUCUUAUUUGCGAAUCUCACGUAGCCUAUUUUCUGUAGAUGUCAGCUAGCUAUCAUGUAUGAAAUCGGCUGCAGGAGUACAUCCUGGUUACUAUCGAAUGCUUUGCUUAAAAUAAUAAUUUAUUUCCGUUGGUAUAUAAACAUACACCAUAAGGGCUGUAUUCCCUUUUAUAUUUUUUAAAUGAACAAUAAGGCUAAGGGUGAUGUCCAAGUCACUUGGCGUCGGAAGUAAUUUUAUGUGGCAAGUAGCCUAUAUUCACGUGCUAACUCUCAACGGGUCUGGACGAUAUUUUAACGUUUACACACCCUGCUGUAAGAUUGUGCGCUCCUUUCUUUAGAAUCGAAAACCAGAUCGGCGAGAUCACCUAUUAAAACAAGAUUUCAAUACUUUUCUUUAUCAUAGUUCUUCUUUGGUCGUUAUACUUGCUUCAAGCGCCCUUAAAAAAAUAUUCACACCCUUCAUUCAUAAGGGUGAGCAAAAAAGACUGAACCAAAUAAAUUAUAGCCUACUGAGCAGUAGUUUAAUUCUUAGACGUAGAAAAUAUAUUCCUUAAACAAUGAUUCAAUCCAAUAGACCAAAAUUACACUGUUUUUCGUAAAUAAAUCAGGAUAUGGUCUGUUUUGAGUCCUUACACUCUCAAUUCACAAGAAUAACACUACCAUUUUCCACAGGGUUUUAUGAGAUUGUUGAACAUAUAGAAGAAUCUUGGACAGUUCCUCUAUACGGGGUCUUUCAAAAUCCUUCUGUAUACACUUGUGGACUGCCCUCUUUCUGCAAACAAUUAAUUUUGUUGCCAGUUAGCCAUGUCUUGAUUCAUUUUAAGCUAUGCUCAGGAUCAUCAACUGAAGUUGUGAUUCCUUUGACUUUAGAAAGAGCUCUAAGACCAGUGUUUAUGAAACAACACGAUCACAUUAAAUAUCUAUCCCAUAUUGUACUGUGGGUAUGACAUGUUUUUCCUCAAGUUCAAUUUUGGUGUCCAGUUCCAAAUGAAGUACCAAUGCAAUUGAGAAUACUCCAGACUUUUUUUGUUUGCCUUCAAUAGAGGCUUUUUUUAUAGCAACUCAUCCAAAAAGCCUUUUGGCUAGGAGGUGGUUUCUGAUGGUAUUUUAAAGAUUGUAUGUCCCCAAGAUGCAACCCGGUUUUAUGCCAACUGUGGUCCCUUUACCACAUAUGUUUCACCAUAUAGAAAUUACAACACUUUUUAUAUAUAGUCCUUCCAUUUUGGGGCACAAUGAUGUUAGGGACAAAUGGCUUCACAGGUGUUUCUGAUUAGUCAGGUGUGUUCAAUGACUUCUGUUGUGCAGAUAUAGAGAUUUCAGAAUCUAGUUUUGAUUCUGGGCUUUUGAUUGCCUUUGAUCUAUAUUUUUGGACUUUGUCAACCUGAGGACCAGAGUUGUGCCAGUGAAAGUCAAGGAAGCCAUUAUAAAAACAGUCAGCGACAUAGGCCAAAAUUUAAGCAUACCAAAACCAACUAAUUGGAGCAUCAUAAAGAAGGAAGAGAGCACUGGUGAGCUCAGCAAUUGCAGAGGGCCUGAUAGACUAAGGAAGAUCUCUACAGUUCAUGACUGAAGAAUUCACACCAUAAUGAAGAAAAAACCCCAACACCUGUCCAACAGAUCACAAACACUCUUCAAGAGGCAAGCGUGGAUUAGUCACUUACUACUGCGUACAGCAGACCUCAUGGAAACACAACUGCAGGGGCUACAGUGCAAGGUGCAAAAAUAGGAUGGCCAGGUUACAGCACCUAAAAGAGCCUGCAGAGUUCUGGAAAAUGGUCUUGUGUCCAAGACCAAGAUUCACUUGUAUCAGAGUGAAGGCAAGAGCUGAGUAUGGAGGCCAAAAGGAACUGCCCAAGAUUCAAAACACCCUCCACCCUGGCCCCCCAUUCAUGAAACGUGGUGGGUGUGUGUGUGUUAUGGUUUGGGCAGACUACAGGGUGGUGCUGUGCCUCGUCAGGGAGGGCGAUGGAAAGGAGCGGUGGAGAGAGAGGUGGCGAUGAGAAGCUCACCCGCCGCGACCUGUUUGCCUGGCUCCGCAGCUACCUGCACGGAGGCACCUCCAGCCUGCUGUCUACGCUGACCACGCUGGUCACGUUCCCCGUCUACAAGACCGUGUUCCGCCAGCAGCUGCACAACACCCUGCUGCGCGAGACCCUGGCUCAGCUCUACAGGGAGGGCCCUCGCAAGCUCUACAGGGGGGUAGUUCCCCCCUUGCUGGUGAAGACGCUGCACGGGACCCUUCUCUUCGGCCUCCACGACACCUUCCUGCACCAGCUGUCGGCGCAGGGCGGAGGCUCCGUGCCCCUCGUCGCCCUGCAGGUCCUGGCAGGCGUGGGCACGGGGGUGGCGGAGGCCCUGGUGUUCACUCCCUUUGAGCGCGUGCAGAACGUGCUGCAGAACGGGGGGAACGACCACAGCCUGCCCACCCUCCGGAGCGUGCUGCUGCGUCUCCGCGGCGAGAGCGCGGCCGCCGGCUUCUACAGGGCGGCGGUGCCCGUGCUGGCCCGCAACGCCCUGGGCAACAGCCUGUACUUCGGGCUGAAGGACCCCAUGCGGGACGCUCUCCGGGAGCGGGGGCUGUCCCCCGGGGCGUCCUCCUUCAUGUCGGGCAUGGUCAACGCCAUGGCCAUAAGCCUGCCGCUGUACCCGCUCUCGGUGCUGGUAGCGAACAUGCAGGCGCAGGUCGGGGGGGCUGGGGGAGGGGCCAGGCAGUGCUGGGCAGAGCUGUGGGAGACCCGGCAGCGAAGGGUGAGCCUGCUGUACCGGGGCGGCUCCCUGGUCAUCCUGCGCUCCUGCCUCACCUGGGGCAUCACCACCGCCAUCUACGACCGCCUGGAGAGACGUAGCGGUUAAUGGCGGAGGAGAAGGGGGGACACACAACCCAAAUACCCCACCCCCCCAUCCCUCCAGUCUGGGGUGAUUACAUGCCACCUAUCAGUCCUGUCUCUGAGGUGCCUUUCACUGUGUCACCAAGUAUGAAUGGUCUGAUCAUCUUGUCAGUGUAAGAAGGACCUGCUCUUAAACCAGGUUCUUAAAAUAGCAUGUUUCUCACAUUGUGGCAUGUUUAUUUGUUGUGAAUGCAUUGUUUUGUACAAACAGUAUUUAUAUUGUUGUCAAGUCAGAGUACUUCCUCUCUAUCUUUCUGGUUUUAAGAAUUUUACAUUAACCAUACCGUCACUGCCAUUUCUACGUUUUGCACUCUGGAAGUGCCUUAAAAUGAUGUGUUCGCUCAGGGUUUGCUUAAUUCAGUGCUUCUGCCCAUUGAUGAUUUAUAUUAGGUGGCAACUGCCUUUUGAAAUAAAAAUCCAUGUAUGAUUUGAGGUUUAUUUGGGGGUAUUUUAAUAAUAUUAAUAUUUCACAUAAUUUACUUCCUUUACCAAGAGUAUUUGCGCAAUCAUCUGUCUGGUUUAUGUAUUGCACACUACUUUUAUUUUGUUUGGGGCAAAAAUAGGUGGAGCUCUCAGAAUAAAGAAAAACCUUUUAUUUUUGCUGGACAAAGUAUGGUUUGGCAUUUGGGAUUUAUUUUAUUUAUUUAUUAUUUUAUUAUUUAAUUUUUUUACAUUACUUACAAAUAACAUUCAUAUUAUGUCUGUAUUCUAUGCAGUGUUUUUUCUCCAGAGCUUGUCAGUAGAGGGCACUGCUGUACACACGCUGUAUACAGCUGAACUAAUGUUCAAUGCACCCGUCUAUGUAUUGUUAUAUAUUAGCACUAUUUCUUUUUACUUUUUUUGUUUUGACGAAUUGUUAUUACCUUAUAGAGGUUGUGUAAAAGUACAAAGAUGAACAUUUGUACGCAUCAAUACUGUAUACUAAAUCUGAAAUUGCUGCUAAAUGCAUCUGUUAAAAGCCUAAAUGUAAUGUAAGUUUUCGGGUUACCUCUGAGUGUGCAUCCCUGCCGUUUGCUUGUUAAUCAGAUGUUUCCCCCUGGCAACACAUAUGUGCUAUGCAUAUAUUUUAUUACAAUUUUAGUGCUAAGUGUCUUGAGAGAAUUGUAUACUACCUUUACUCAACAGUAGCUCAUACCAUAAGCUGUGGCCAUGGGGUGGCGAUGUUGUACAGAUUAAAGUAGUUCAAUAA